GCUCCCUACGUCACGGUCAGCUGUUCAAACACGGCGACGUCGUGAAACACUGAGUGACGCAAUUUUAUCAUGAGGAUCACAGUGACUCAGCCCCGCCUCAGAACUUAUAGCACUGAACCGGCGAGCCCAGGGGCAGACCUGUACACGACGUCGGAGCAGAAGCACGUGCUUGGAUAGUGCAGUGUAGUGACAGUGAGAGAUGGAGAAGCUCGUUCUGUGUUUAGUGUUGUUUGCGGUUGUAGCCGUGCAAGCGAGACACCAGUUCCCUAGAGUCAGCGAGCGCCUUGGGGAACCCUUCAGGAUAGGGGAAUACAUCAAAGUUGUCUGCACGUCAGAACUCAGCAACGAAAGGGAUCACAUCAUGGAAAAGUCGAGAUGCGGUGAACCGAAGGAUGUCUUCGUGCAGUUAAAACCUAACUCACCUCACGAGCUGGUGAGCCCUAGCGCGGUUUGGGUGAAGAACUGUGUCGGGAUUUGCGAUUAUGACAAUGAAGGAUCCUGUAUUGCGACUGAAACAAAAAUCAGACACAUACCGGUACGAAUAUACAAUGGAAAUACGAAUAAAGAAUCAUGUGCCACGUACGCGGUGGAGGAGCACGUCAAGUGUGGGUGCUGCGCCCUGAGUCCCGACCACUGCGUCUCCCCCAGGGUGUUCAAUCCUCACGGACAUGACUUGGAACCGAGCUCACUGCAAAUGUGAAAAGAUAUAGAUCGGAGCGGCGACCAAGACUCCACCAAGAAUACGGCUCAAGCUAAUACGGCUGAUGGCAUUGAAUUAUAGUGACGGACCAAUGACGCUAGACUAAACAUGAUUAUGAUGAUACUAAAUCAGUAUACGCAACGACUGACUGAUAAUGUGUCUUAAAAUUAAUGAUAAGUUGUGAAUUUAAACAGUAUUAUAAAUUGUAAGUUAUUUAUUAUUUUCUAUGAUUAUAUCAAAAAGGGGCCAAAUGGUGUUUGUGUAGGUACGUGUUGUAUCACUUUUUGGUAUGUUUUUUUUAUUUAUUUAUUUAUCUCGGGUACUUAAUUAUGUAAGUUCAGUAUUUUUGUUUUGUCCCAUCGUCGGCAUCGUAAAACAACGUUUGUCCGAUGAGAGUGCUUAUUGCGAGCUUUUUAACUACUCGAUCGCGUAAAGGUUAACUCAAAUUUGUAUGGAGUUCAAACAGCUUCCCUUCGUUUUCCGCUAGGGGCGCUGUUCCAACUCUAUACAAAUUUGAGUUAACUUUUACGCUAUCGAGAACGUUAAGAAACUCGCACUAAGCACACAAGUAGGUUCAUAAAAAUUGACAAGUAUUAUUCUACUGAGAGUAUUUUAAGUAAGUUAUUGGCAUUAGACGUACGCACAGAUGUUAAUUCAAUUAUUUUAUAAGGCUGCUCAUGUCAAAAUGUAUAUUCAUUUAAAUAGAAAACGGCUAGUCUAAAUUCGGUUUCUAGCUGUUUGCUGAGAUUGGUGUCAAACAAUAAAAUAGUAUGUCCAUAAUAUCCCAUAAUUAUAUAAUUAAGAUGCAGGCAUGCGUGGAAGAUGGAGAUAUACUCUCAUAACGCAUCCAGUUUUCUUUUAAGGUAUUAAUUGAUAUGUGAUUUUGUAACUAAUUUUGAUGACGUAGUCCCAAAAUUUUCUUUGUGAAUGUAAAAAGUAAUUUGUAAAUAUUAACGUGUAGGAAAUAUUGCUAGUUAAAAAUUUAUUUAUUUCUUAAAAGAGUACCUACUUCUCGUAAGAUCAGUUUUGUAGGCUUAAGAAUGUAUUUAGAAGAAAUUUGACAAUGUCGUAUGUUGGAUCGUAGGUUCACGAUGUCGGCGAUUUAGUUUAGGGCGUAAUUUAAAUAAAAUAUGCGCAAUUCCUAAAUUGUGAUAUAGGUUAAAUUCCAUUAGGGUUAAUUUUUGAGUUGAAACUGCUCCUAGUCAAGCAAGGUUUCUUUUGUGGGUUUCUCUUUUGUAUUUUAGCUCUCUUCACGGUGCCUCCUUUAGCGAGAUAUGACCUAGUCUGCCGAAGUGCCAAAGGCAUGGAAUCUCAAUUUGAUUUUUGUUUAAUUUAUUUAUUUUAGCGUGUGUACUUAAUAGCUUUAAAAGCUAACUGAUGGACAUGAUUAGUCGUAAGUUCAUUGUAAAUUUUUGUUAAUAUUUCUAAGGAUUUCAAAAUAAAUAAAUUAAUCUGCACUA